CCAACCAUCAUUGUUGGUAGAGUUAAGGGUUUGUGAAUUUCUAAUUUUAGGGCUUUAAAGAGAUCUUGAAGCUCUCUACUUGCAAGUCAACAAUGGCGCCUCUUCCUGGACCUUACUCUGGAACCAGCACCCUUGCUCUGGUUGCUCGUACCUCAGCAUUUACAUUUGGACUUGUCUAUGGCAGCAUGAAGCUCAAGUAUCUCAAGGCUAAGGCCAAGUCUCACCAGAAAGCUGAAGCUAAGGCACAUCACUGAAAGAGUGCAAUAUGCUGCAUUUGCUGUCUGAUAAAAAUAAUAUUGACAAUCACAUUAUAUCAAUUUUCAUUCUGGCCUGUUGCUUAGGGCCAUCAUUUUCGACUUGUAACUGUUCAAUUUUUGUGUUCAAGAGUUCUUAAAUAUUUUUAUGGUUCAAUGAGUAUAAUGGUGGUCCAAUGUUGAAGACUACAUUGGACUAACAGAGGAAAAGUUGUCCAUUGAUCUGCUAACAUAAUAAUCUUCUUGUUACAUCAA